UAUGCGCGCGCGCGUGCGCGUGAUCGCUGGUGCAUGUGCUUGCCCACAGUCGCGUUGUGUGCUGCGGUCCGCACUCUGCCUCCGGUCGUCAACUUCCACGCACUUAUUGGAUUUUAGCCCGGAGUGGCCACAAACCAAGCGGCACCCGCGUGGGUCAACCGCGAAUCCGACUCCCGUCACUCCCCACCCCCAACCCUCUCCCCCCUCCUUCGGGGAGCUCCGCGGUGAAGUCGGCGGCGGCGUCGCGCUGCGAGUGAGGUCGGCCGGGAGGCGCUGCUCGGCGGGCAUGGCUUCGCCUCCGUGCGGCAACUUGGACUCCGGCCUAGAAAUCAAAACUCGUUCGGUGGAGCAGACGCUAAUCCCGCUGGUGUCUCAGAUCACAACGCUGAUAAACCACAAAGAGCGUCCCAAGAAGUCUGAGCGCACCUUGGCGGCCAUCCAGCGCGUGGGCCAGGCGGUCAGCGUGGCGGUGGGCCGCUUUGUUGCCGUCGGGGAGGCCAUCGCUCUCGAGAACCACGAGCUCAAGGAGGAGAUGGGGCACGCCUGCUUCGAGGCACGUCGCGCUGGGGACGCCAUAGCUAAGCUGACGGACGUAGGCCCCGCCUGCAGUCCCCCUUCGUCCGCGGUGACCGUGUUCAGCGAUCGCACGGGCAUGGUGAAGGCCGCCCGUCUGCUGCUGUCGUCCGUCACCAAAGUUUUGGUAUUGGCCGACCGCAUUGUCAUCAAGCAGAUCGUGGCGUCGCGCAACAAGGUCCUGGUGACGCUGGAGCAUCUGGAACGCGUGAGCACCUUUCAGGAGUUUGUGCAGAUCUUCAGCCAGUUUGGCAAUGAGAUGGUGGACUUUGCCCACCUCACCGGUGACCGACAGAACGACUUGAAAGACGAGAAGAAGAAAGCCCGAAUGGCCGCGGCUCGGGCUGUGUUGGAGAAAUGCACCAUGAUGCUCCUGACGGCCUCCAAGACUUGCCUGCGGCACCCGGAUUGCGAGUCGGCAUGCAUCAACAAGGACGCCGUCUUCCAACGGAUGCGCUGCGCCCUUGAGCAAGUCGUGGACAUUGUGACGGAGGCUCGCGCCUGCGCUGACAGCACUGUUCCCGCCAGCGUCUACAACGCCAUCAAGGACUACAAAACGAGCGUGGAGUGCCUGCGUGACAACCUGUACGCCUCCCUGCCGGAUGGCGUGGGCCGCCAGAUGGAGGUGCUUGUGGAGCGCACCGAGGACUUCACAGACUCGCCAUACACGGGACACGAGCAGCGCCAGGCCAUCCUGGGCAUGUGCCAGCUGGCCCGGCAGGAUGCGCAGCAGCUGCUGCACGCCUGGAACCAGGCUCAACAAUCAGGCCAGGCCAAGGAGACCACAGAGGAGUUGGAGGUGGCCAUCGCCAAGUCGUGCCAGAGCGUCAACGACCUCAGACGUGAGCUGCACAAGGUGGCGGUGGCCCGGGCCUCGGAACUGCUGAGGGUCCACGCUGAGGACUCACCCCUGUACGCACUCAAGGUCGCCGGCGCCGAGGGCAACCUGGAGGCGGUGGCGCAGUAUUCCCGAGCGCUGACAGAGCAGAAGGAACAGCUGGUGGAAAACUGUCGGCUGCUGUGUCACGUGUCCGGGACCGAGCCGCUGGAGAUCACCUGCGUGCAUGCCGAAGAGACCUUCCAUGUGAUUGGCCCGCAGAUCAUUUCGGCGGCGCAGACCCUGGCGCUGCACCCAUCCAGUAAGAUCGCCAAGGAGAACCUGGAGGUGUUCUGUGAGGCCUGGGAGUCUCAGCUGGGUGAUUUGGCGCUGCUCCUGCGCGAGAUCGACGAUGUCUUGGACGGGAAGCGAGGAGACAAAAGAACGUAUUUGUCACUUCCCAGAUCCGGAAAACAUUCUACAAAUAUGAAGAGCGCCAAACCCGUUAAGUUGGACCCUGAGGAGCAGAGCAGCAUGGCCAAAGUGGGCUUGGAGCUGCGUCUGUUGUCGUCCGACGUUGACGCCGAGCUGGAAAAGUGGGAGGAGCAAGAGCAGCAGGUGGUCCGCCACAGCCAGAGCGUGGCCAGCAUGGCUUACAACAUGUACCUCUUUACCAGAGGGGAGGGGCUUCUCAAGACCACACUCGAUCUUUUCCAUCAAGCUGAGGUUCUGUCGGAAGAAGGACUCCAGCUGUGCUCGUCCCUGCACGUCUUCUGCACGCAGCUGGUUGGUGAGGAGAAGUUGGCGCUGACGUCAGAGGUGGAGAAGCUGGCCGUGCUGUGUCAACAACUACAAGCGGGUGCCAGGACCCCCGUGCAGGGCAAAAGUGCCACCUUCCAGAAGGUGGACUCGUCAAUUCAGACAACCAGGGGCGUGUUGACCCUUCUCCUGAACAUCAUUCCAGCAUGUUACAAGCUCAAUGCAAAGUACAAGUCCGAGCGGAGCAGUCUGGGCUCGCCGCAGGACUGGCGCUCGGAAACCGCCACGCCUGUCCAAGACGGUGGCACUGUGCUCCACAACAACAACAGCAGCAGCACCAAAGGCAAUCGUCAUGACGACUUUGUCGUCAAACCCUUCGAGCAGCACAUGGCCGGCCUCAACCUGCUGGAGAGCAAGUAAUACGCAAUCUGGCCUGGGGCCGCGGCCGUGUCAUUCCCGCGAUAGCGACGGUGACAAAACUGCUGAAACAGAGAAAGAACUUAUGCUGUCCUUGGUUGGUGUCGCACCUGCUUGUUUUGUGUUGUACACACUGGGGAUGCAAUUCUUCACACCUCUGUUCAAAAUCUUACUUGUGAGAUUUAAAAAAAUAUAUACCAAGGUCAAUCAUUUUAACUCAAAUGAAAAAAAAACUGACAUGAGGUCAAAAGUGUGCACACCCUUUUGUAAGUCGGGAUGUGAAUGCGUUUCGUUCAAUGUGAACACAUACAUUAUAAGAGGGUGUGCACACUUGUGCAACUGCAUUGUCUGUAUUUUUACUCAGCCGCUCCAAAAAAAAAAGUGCUUUCAACUGAGUUGCACAGGUUGUAAGCCAGAAUGAUGGAAAGGGUUUUAAAAUGAUUUAUCUUGGUCUUUUUGUUUUGAACACAAAAACUAGACUACCGUUUAUAUCCACAUAAAGUGUUGCUGCACACCAGCUACGUGAUUGUCUUGAUGUGUGUCAGUUUUGCGCUACUCUGUUACACACUAUGUGCCAUGUAAGGACAAAAAAAAAAUAACAGUUAAUUGCCAAAUGCGAUGUAACGAGUGAUUUGUUAGUAUUACGCGCGACUCAAAUGUUGGACGGUACUUGGAAAUGUACGUGGAAUGUUCGGGAGCAAUUUUGUGCCGAGAUGCUUUUUGUCGUUUGUCUCAGAAUGUUAAGCUAAGGAUGACGUGGUUGACAGGUGAAGAAAUCAUAGCUCUAGUUUUGGAUAUAGUAAGGAGAAAAAAAAAUGACAUGAUGGAAACAAAAAUAAACAAUAUUUUUUAUUAAA